AUGGGCGGAUUCCGUGCGGUCGAAGAUAGACCGACGCCGAAGGAGGUGUACAACUGGCGGUUAUACCUCGAAACCGCCAUCAUCGCCACCGGUUCUCUGCUCUUUGGCUAUGAUGGCGCCUUUGUCGGGACGACGAUUGCUCGCGCCAGCUUCAAGAGGGACUUUGACAUUUCGCCAGCGGAUGCCAACAGCAUCUCUAGCAAUAUCACGUCUGCAUUCCAGGCGGGUGCCUUUUUUGGUGCCAUCUUCUGCUUCUUCAUCACGGAAAAAGUCGGCAGAAAGUGGGCGCUCUUCAUCUCCAACGUCGUCUUCCUGGUGGGCGCAAUCAUCAUGACUGCAGCGACACACUCUCUAUCCAACAUCUAUGCCGGUCGAGUACUUACUGGCCUUGCGUGUGGCGGCAUUACUGCGACUGUUCCGAGUUACAUCGCCGAGCUCUCCAUCCCUUCUAUCCGCGGUAUCCUCACGGGCCUCUUCGAAAUCGCCUAUCAGAUUGGCUCGGUGAUUGGCUUCUGGAUCAAUUACGGCAUCAACGAGACCAUGGAUGUAAAUUCUACAGCCUCCUGGCGUAUCCCCAUGGCUGUCCAGAUUGUGCCAUGCGGUAUGUUGCUGAUUGGAGGCCUGAUACUCCACGAAAGCCCGCUUUGGCUCUUUAGAAAAGAUAGAGUCGAAGACGGAACCAAGGCGCUGGAGCAGAUCCGACGCAUUCCCCGCGAUCAUAAGUACCUACAAGAGGAUGUACAGAUGAUCCGAGGCCGUCUCUUGGAGGAGAACAACAUCGCCAGUAGAUACGGGACUGGUUCGUGGGCACUGUUCCGAGGAGCUCUAUAUGAGUUGUCGCGAAAGGGCAUGCGGAACCGCAUCAUUCUGGUCUUUUGCUCCUUUGCUCUGCAAAACAUGUCUGGAGCUGCAGCCAUCAACUACUAUUCGCCCACGCUCUUUGCCUCUCUUGGAAUCCAGGAUGUCUCUCUGUACACCGGCAUCUACGGCCUUGUCAAGGCAGUUGCGUCAAUCAUCUUCUACGUGUUCUUGAUUGACAUAUGGGGUCGUCGGCACCCUACCAUCCUUUCAUCAAUUGCCUGCUCGCUCUGCCUUUGGUUCAUUGGCGCGUAUGUCAAGAUUGGACACCCAGCCGACAUUAUCAAAGCCGGACAGGAACUUUCGCCGUCCACUGCAGCUGGUGGCAAAGCUGCGACUGGCAUGAUUAUGAUAUACUCCGUUUUCUGGUCGUUUGGCCUCAACGGUAUUCCGUGGAUUGUCGCGGCUGAGAUCUUCCCUGGAGCUCUGCGCAACUUUUCCGGUACAUGGGCAGCUCUUUGCCAAUGGCUCACCCAGUUCGUUAUUACCAAGGCCUUGCCGUACAUCUUCUCUUCUCUUGGCUACGGCACCUGGUUCUUUUUUGCUUCCUGGAUGCUGCUCGCCACCGUCUGGGCCUUUUUCUUUCUGCCUGAAACCAAGGGCAAGACUUUGGAUGAAAUUGAUGUCAUCUUGUACGUACAACCCGUUGUGGUGAGCUUCCAGGUCGCCUUCAUGUUUGCUAACACAACGUUUCACCGCAGUGGAUACAGCGAGGACAGAAGGGAGUUUUUCCCAGGGCAAUCCAAUGGUGAAGUUAUCAAGGAGGACGCAGAAGUGUUCACAAAGGAUUGA